AUGUGUAUCGUCUUCACAUGUGGCGAACAUGAGUUCUCCUCAGAGUUGAAAGGUUACGAGGGCGUCACCUGCCAAUGCCACAACUGUGGAAACCACUCAGCGACAGUGAUGAAGCGGUGGAACUGGUUCACAUUCUGCUUCGUGCCCAUUCUUCCGCUCUCUACACACGCCUACAAGGACGUUGUCUGUCGGAUCUGCGGCUUUGCGCAACCCCUAGAGAACCGGCAAGACGUCCAACAACAACACAGAGGUGCGGGAAAUGAGAUGCAGCCUCAAGGCCAACCUGGACCGGGGUAUAAUCAACAACAGCCUGGAUGGGGUCCACCACAAGGUCAACAACAGCCCGGUGCCAAGGCAAACAUGACGUACGGAUAG